GUCUAAAUAUCAGCUGAAGAGAACCAAUGUUUUUGUGGACAUUCGGAAAAUGAAAUGUUUUCAAAUGAUGUUUCAUUGGCUUUUGAUAUGAUUAAAAAAGACAGGAUUGAUAUUGUGAGACGAUUACAAACCGAUAAACAUUACGAAAUUGUUAUUCAGUAAGAUUGAUCUGCCAAAGAAUUAUAAUCAGAUGUUACCAAAUUGGAUUUAUGAAAAUAAUAAAUGCAAACAAUGUUCAGGAGUAGAAGCUGGUUUGCUGGAGGUUGGGGUCGUCCCAAAAAUUUGCAUUCUCUGGAACAUCUGAAGUAUCUCUACAAUGUACUUUCCAGAAAUCAAACAGUUUCGGAACACAAUCGAGGGUUAUUGGUUGAAUCUUUGAGGUCAAUUGCAGAAAUCUUGAUAUGGGGUGACCAAAACGAUUCAUCCGUCUUUGAUUUCUUUUUGGAAAAAAAUAUGCUAUCAUUUUUUUUACGGAUAAUGAGGCAAAGAAGUGGUGGAUCCAGCUUUGUAUGUGUCCAGCUUUUACAAACUCUCAACAUUCUUUUUGAAAAUAUAAGAAACGAAACUUCAUUGUACUACCUUCUUUCUAAUAAUCAUGUCAACUCUAUAAUAGUACAUAAAUUUGACUUUUCUGAUGAAGAAGUAAUGGCUUACUACAUUUCGUUCCUGAAGACGCUCAGCUUGAAACUCAAUGCCCAUACAAUUCACUUUUUUUAUAAUGAGCACACAAAUGAUUUUCCACUAUACACCGAAGCUAUCAAAUUCUUCAAUCAUCCAGAAUCCAUGGUUAGGAUAGCAGUGAGAACAUUAACUUUGAAUGUCUAUAAGGUCGAAGAUGCCAGCAUGCUUGCUUUCAUUAGAGACCGAACUGCUGCUCCAUAUUUCUCGAAUAUUGUUUGGUUUAUUGGUAAACAUAUACAAGAGUUGGAUUUCUGUGUGAGGAAUGAUGCUGAUCAUCAAUCUCAAAACAGACUCUCGGACUUGGUAGCUGAACAUUUGGAUCAUCUUCACUAUCUGAAUGACAUUCUUUGUCUGAAUAUAACAGAUCUUAAUCAUGUAUUAACCGACCAUUUGCUACACAAACUGCUCAUUCCCCUGUACAUAUACUCAUUAUCAACAAAUAGGAAGAAAACGUCUGCUAUCGAUGCUUUGUCCCAAAAUCUGAGUAGAUCGUCCUUAACUCCAAAAGGCUCGCAGAACAGUAGUCCAAAAGUUCACGAUCUUACAAACGGCAAGGUAUCGUGUGUCGUAGCUUUAUUUUUGUUGUCGCAAGUAUUUUUGAUAAUAACUCACUCGCCCUUAGUACAAACUCUGGCUUGGAUAAUUUUGAAAACAGAUCGAACUAUUUUCGAAAGCGGCGUCGACAAGCUGUUGGAAUAUUAUGAGAAAGAAAAAGAAAAGAAAAGAUUGGAAGACGAAGCUGGUGCUCAGGCUACAAGUGAUAUUAGUUCUAAAGAUAGUUGUAGUUCUAAGGAGAAUAUUGUAGACGAACAAACUAACCUGAAUAUAACAGACGAAGAAAAAGAAAGGUUGGCAACAAGUCCGACAGAUGGGGUGGCUGCAGUGAUAGACCAUCCUUUUUUGGAAACUGUUUAUGACUCGCUGGACUGUACAGAAAACGAUUACACCUCUUUAUUUGCUCUUUGUCUUUUAUAUGCAAUGGCUAGUAACUCAGGUGUCACCUCAGAUAUCACAGAGCAAGUAUUGAGGCCAAAAAAAUGUUUCAUAUCAAAAUCUUCAACAUCGUCAAAAGACGUUCGAUAUACGUACAAUAGUUAUUUGGUGGAGAAGAUGCUGCAAAUCAUAAUAUUUUCGUGCCAACCAUCUUGCAGAGUCAGACUAGUAACUUUGGAAUUAUCACUUAAGUUAUUCGUCCAGCUUGUGAUGUGUGAUGGGAAAAAUAUCCUUUUAGAGUCACAUAAAUUAACGAUUGAUACUGCCAAAACCCAGAGUACAGCAUUAUUGAGGAAUUUUUAUAAAAGCGAAGAGAUUUUUUUGGAUAUGUUCGAACAUGAGUACUGUGAUAUGUCUAAAGGUUCUCUUAAUGUCGAAUGGCUAUGUAUGGAUAGUGCAAUCUUAUUGCCUCCAACUGGAACUCCUAUGACUGGUAUUGAUUUUACUAAAAGACUGCCCUGUGGAGAGGUGGAACGUGCCAGAAGGGCUAUCCGGGUGUAUUUUUUGGUAAGGAACUUGGUGCUAACAUUGAAUGGUGAAAUAGAAACCCAAUUGCCAUUGACGAACCCGCAGAGCUGUGUGCAGAUCGAUCAAGCGCUGGACCUGAACAACUCUGAUCUUAUCGCCUGCACUGUAGUUUGGAAAGACGGCACCAAAAUGAGAAGGUUCUUAGUGAUCGAUAUUCUUCAACUGAUUCUUGUGGAACCCGACACGAAACGGUUAGGGUGGGGUGUAGCGAAAUUGGUAGGGUUCUUGCAAGACAUUGAAGUUACUGGAGACAAGGAUGAUUCUCGAUGUUUGCACAUCACUAUUCACAGGCCGAUAUCUGGAGCUACAACGAAUAGGGUGCCAUUACUAAAUGCCAAGUUUGUGUUUGAUGAUAACAUCCGGUGCAUGGCUGCUAAACAAAGGUUAUCUAAGGUGAGUAGUUUGCAAGUGAAUUUGAUGAUCCCAGCAUUUGCAGGUCAGGGUUCCUAUACUGGGAGGACGACCAUUCGAGGCAGUAGAGAAAAUCGACCCCUAUUCAAUAUCUCAAGAGGCCCUGGUUUUGCAGCACCAAGAAGAGAAAGUUCACCUGGAAUAAUACACAGAGCAGAUGAAACUCGCAGGAACAGAGAUGUAGAUAGCCCCAACAAGAAAGACAAUGGCCGAAAAGACCUCAAAUCACGUGACAACUCGACAAACAGGCUUAGAUCAAGAGAGGGGUCUCCUCGAAUGCCGAGGCCUAGGUCAGAAGAAAUACCAUUGGAAUUAAUCAAAAAAGCACCCAGUUCUGUUAUUGAUAUGGCGCCAAAGAUCACAAUAGUUCCAAGGCCACAAACGCCAAGAACUAUUGUUGAAACUGAACCGUCCACUUCUAAUGGAAGUCAAACUCCUGUUAAAGAAGUGAUUGCUGUGGCAUCUAUAUCAGAAGAAACAUCAUUCAUUGCUGAUGAACUAAAUGGAGAUGGUGUUGAUUCAUAAUGGUCAUUUGGAAGACUAUUUGUAAAUAGCUUGGUAUAUUUGGACAUCUUUGUCACUGUUGUAAAUUGAAAUAUCAUAUGUAAAUAAAUUAUUAAACACAAGUGA